CAGAAGGUCAGAGUCUCGGGGGUAGAGAGCAAAGUGACAGAGAGUGUGCGAGAAGUGGAGACAGAGACAGGGAAAGGAGGGGGGUACACAGAGAGAGAGAGAAACGGGGAGCGUCAGAAGCAGAGACGGAGAGAAAGAGGGACGGAGGGAGAGAGAGGCAGAACGAGGGGAAGAGCGAAACAGGAAGAGGCUGAGAGAAAACAGAGGAGACAGAGAGAGAGAGCUGAGGCAGGGACGAAGAACGCUGACGUGCUGUUAUCGGUUAUGGGGAGACGGAAUUCAGGACAAAUAUUGUGUGUGAGAGACAGAGAGAGAGAGACAGACACAGACUGAGGGAUCACUGACUGACGUCUCCACCGGGGUUUCCAGGGCAGAUGUCGGAGGAGUUGAAGGUUGACAUCUUGCUGGUUCUCUACGCCAACCCGAGGGGAGUGUGGCUCUCCGACCUACGCCAGGCCUUCCUGAGGCAUCAUGGACGUCCCCUGGAACAAACCCCGUCUGCCCUCAGGGACCUGCUGGAGGAGAUGAUGGCUGACACCAUCGAGUGCCAUGUGCUCGGAGGCCGGGAGAGGCUGUUGGCGUGUGGAGCUGCCCAGGCCCAGGCUCCUGCUCGGCCUCAGGUCCAAGCUGCUGCUAGGCCUCAGGCCCAGGCUGCUGCAAGGCCUCAGGCCCGAGCUGCUGCUCGGCCUCAGGCCCAGGUGGGGCCUAGCCAGCAGGCCCUGGGCCUACCCGCCAGAAGCAGGCCGCAGAACGUCAGGCCUUCGCCAGCACCCUCAGCCCGGGAAGCGCGGGAGCCCGUCCCCGCUUCCUGGGCCCCGGGCGGGAGUGAGCAUCCCCGAGGACAGGCUGCUCGGCCUCUCACCUACAGCCAGGCCCUGCAGGGAUGGAGAAGGGCGGGAGAGCGGCCUCCAACGCCGGGCCCAGGCGAGGUCACCCUGACAGAACCCUCCGAGAGUCUACGACAAUGUCUUUCCUCUCGCAUCCACGAGACGAGAGAUAGCAGGGAGCUGGAGAAGUGGUUACUCGGGGUGUUACAAACGAAGGGAUAUCGCGACGGGAUCCAAGUGAAAAAAUUGGCCGAAAUCUGCCGGGCCCAGAGGGGCCGGGACCUGAGCGAGCUGCUGGAAUCUACCGGAUCCCCGGCUCUCCGGGCAUUCCUCGCGGAGCUGCCCAACAUCGAGCUGGUGCACACAGAGCGUGCGGAGACAAACAUGGUCGUCCGUUUGCGACCCCACGCCAAAGGGACAUCCUGGCGACCCGCGAGCGUCCGUCACGAUGCAGAACAAAUUGUGUUUUGGCCUGAGCUCCGCUGGGUCCUGGCCGGGAUCCUGUGCGAUGAUCCCCUGCGGCAUGCCGGUGGUCGCUUACCUGCACAAAGAUGGCCGCCCUUUGGCAUCAUCGCUUCCAAAUCGCCUGGGCUCGAACGCCUAACCAAGAUGGCCACCAGCAGCCGUUGCCCUUAA